UUCCUCCAUCAUCUUCAUCUUCAUUUUUCAUUCACAAUCAAUCAUCUAACAAACCCCCGUGAUUUAUUUCAAUAUUGUUCUCACUUUACAACUAACACACUCACAUUUUCCGGCAUCGGAAAUAUGGAACUACAUAACGCCGGAGCACCCACACCAACACUAACGCCGUCAAAAUCAAAACCCUCACAUAACUCAAAGCUGCCACAAAAUUCCACCGCCAAAACAACAAGCCCUAACCCUAUGGCUUCAAAAUCUCCGGCAAUCAAAUCGGCGACCAAAUCAGCAGUGAAGAAACCGAUUCCGGUGACGUCACCGUCACCUCGGAACAAAAUUCGCCAGCGGAAGUUUGUGGUGGCGAAGAAGAAUCCGAAAAUUGAGAAAUCCGAAACCCUAGAUUCCGUAAACUGUAAGUGCAAAGUAAAUUCUAAGUUGAAAAAGUGUGCGUGUGUUGCUUAUGAUACUCUUAGAGCUUCUCAAGAUGAGUUUACAAAGAUUAAAGAUGAACAGAAGGAAAACCUAAUUGAAAACCCUAAUUUGGUAACUGAGUUUGAGGAAAAAUUGGGGGAAACUGAAAGUGAGGUUGAUGAGGUGUCUGGUGAGAGAGUGAGUGCACAGGUGAAGAGGAGGAGGGAGAAACUGAUGGAAGUAGCUAGGCAGAGUGUUCCGGAUGCUGGGCGGGGGAGAGUGUUGCAUUUGGUGAAGGCGUUUGAGAAUGCGUUGACGAUAAGUAAGUCGAAAACCGAUGAGGAAAGUGAAGGUGUGACUGGGAAGGUGAAGAAAUGGGAGCUGCCUGGAUUGAGACCCAAGGCGCCGGUGACCGAUACUGAAUUCUCUUGUUCGGAUUGUUUUCUUACGCCGGAGAGUUUGGGGUUGGAUUCGCGUGGGUCUUGUUGCUCAUCAGGGAGUGAUCGGAGUAAGCCGAGUGUUUCAAACAGGAAUUCCGGUGGUGGGAGACGGAGCAGACGAAAUAGCUCUGAAUCCUCUGCAACUUCUAGAGGUAGAGGGAAGAGAAGAACGGUUAAGACGACUCCUCAACAACCCUUCAAGCUCAAAACUGAGCAAAGAGGAAAAUCAAAGCAAGAAGAGUUCCAAAAGAAGGUGCAAGAGAUGAUGAGUGAGCAGGAGAAGCAGAGAAUUCGUAUUGCACAGGGUCUCCCGUGGACAACAGAUGAACCAGAGAGUUUGCCAAGACCUCCGGUUAAAGAAAGUACUAGGCCUGUUGAUUUAGUUCUACAUAGCGACAUGAGGGCCGUUGAACGUGCUGAAUUUGACCAUCAGGUGCAAGAAAAGCUCUCAUUCAUUGAGCAAUUCAAACUUGAUAGAGAAAAACAGCAGAAGUUAGCAGAAGAGGAAGAAUUAAAGAGAUUGAGAAAGGAGCUUGUGCCAAAGGCUCAACCUAUGCCCUAUUUCGAUAGACCUUUUGUCCCAAAAAGGUCAGAAAAGCAACCAACCAUGCCCAAACAGCCAAAGAUUUAUAACCCUCAGCAUAAGAAAAUGCAUGGUGGUCACUAAGGGACUCGACUCCCUCCUUCAUUACCUUCGGCUUGUGCUUGUCGAGUGUUUGAUGCGAGCGUGGCUCUUCUUGACUGUUUUUACUUGAAAAGCUGAUUUCAGUUCUUGUACAAUAGUAUACCUUGAGCUUGUGCUUGUCGAGUGUUUGAUGCGAGUGUGGCUCUUCUUGACUAUUUUUACUUGAAAAGCUGAUUUCAGUUCUUGUACA